CCUGGGUGCUGCCGCUCAUUGACAGAAGAGCUGGCUCGGGGAGUAUCUCUACUUGUCACAAAACCACCUCGGGAUCCGGGGAUUUCUUCCUGCGGCUGGGGGUUUGCCUCGUAGGCUGGCGUUAUUUGAUUCUUCUCCCUCUCCAUCAACUAAUGAUCAGAUGAAGCUACAGAUGACAUGACCAAAGUCAAAACAAUGCAUGAACUGAUGAGAAAGAGCAUUCAGAACGUUAGCUGCUUCAUUGCUGGAAAUCCUAAGUGCAACUUCACUACCAAGAGAUCCUGAUGUUGUGUGAUCACUGAGCACAGUUGGCAAGAAUGGAAAACCAAAGGAAAACCAAAACUAGUUACAUCUCAUAAAUAAAAGAUUUCAAGAUUCAGCUGAAUCAAAAUAUUAUUCCAGCCAUGGGAGAAAAUGCAAGUUUUUGGGAAAGUCUGAUAUAUGCACAUCCUACGUGUACCACCUGGAAGCAAGAGGCAGAGGGAUCUAUCUACCACCUAGCCAGUAUUUUCUUUGUCGUGGGCUUCAUGGGUGGAAGUGGAUUCUUUGGGCUCCUCUACGUCUUCAGUUUGCUUGGACUGGGCUUUCUCUGCUCUUCUGUUUGGGCUUGGCUGGAUGUGUGUGCUGCUGAUAUAUUCUCCUGGAAUUUUGUACUGUUCGCUAUAUGCUUCGUCCAGUUCGUUUAUGUUACCUACCAAGUCCGGAGUGUUGCCUUUGACAGGGAAUUUCAGGAACUCUACAGUGCUCUCUUCCAGCCUCUGGGAAUUUCCUUGACUGUGUACAGGAAGAUUGUCUUGUGCUGUGAUGCAGAAGUGGUCAGCCUGGAGAAGGAGCACUGUUACGCCAUGCAGGGCAAAACACCUAUUGACAAACUGUCCUUGCUCGUGUCAGGCAGGAUCAGAGUGACAGUUGAUGGGGAGUUUCUGCAUUAUAUUUUUCCUCUUCAAUUUCUGGACUCUCCUGAAUGGGAUUCACUGAGGCCCACAGAAGAGGGAAUUUUCCAGGUGACACUCACCGCAGAGACAGAUUGUCGGUACGUGGCCUGGAGGAGAAAGAAGCUCUACCUGCUGUUCGCUAAACACCGCUUCAUCUCCCGCCUCUUCUCGAUUCUGAUCGGGAGCGACAUCGCCGAGAAACUGUACGCCCUGAACGACAGGGUGCACGUGGGGCAAGGCUUCAGGUACGACAUCCGCCUGCCCAACUUCUACCACGUGGCGCUGCCGGAGCCGCCUCCGGUGCCGCCGCCGCCCCGCUCCCACCGCCUGCAGCGGGGCUCGCCCCGCCGCCAGCCCGCGGCGCUCGCCAACUGCGGCUCCCAGCUCGCACCCUCCUAGGCAGGGAAAGCCUGCUGCAGCCAUUCCUCAGAGCGCCGAAGGGAGAUGGAAGGUGGCGGAGCAGAAGAGCGGAGAGGGGAAAGCAGAUGAAGCCAAAUUUGACUGACAAGUGCCAUUAACUGGAGUAGGUUGCGUUCUCUCAAGCCAGCAGGUUGGCUUUUGCAUUUUGACUGUCCGUGCAAUAUGUUUACUUUCUUUUGAUACUCCUUCAUCUCUUUUGUUUGGGAGGAGAGCAAAUCAUAACAAUAGGAGGUCUCAUUGCAAUUGUGGUGGCCUCUGUGGUGGCGUGUUGGCUUUUUUUUAUUUUAUUGUUGUUUUUUGUUUUUUGUUUUUUAAGCAAGCCCAUUGUAAUUAUAUUUUCCUCAAAAAAUUUUGUCACAAUGAAGUAUAGUCAGAAUAGUCAAUGAAAACAACUAAGUUGUCUUCAAAAUAUACCAACUGGCUUAUAAAGUUCUUUUUUAUGCCAUGUGAACAUUCUCUCAAUUUACAUGAAUAAUGUUGCAGAAAAAAGACUAAGGAACGAUCGCAUUGGGUUUGUUUCUUAAAGAAAUGAAAGAUUUUGAGAUGCACAGCAAGAUUGUUAAAAGCCUAAACAAAACAAAACAAGGAAUUCUGUCCCAUGAGUAACUGGUUUCUCUCCGACUGUCCUUAACAGGUAAUACAUGAAAACAAACAUAGGUGUCAUUGCUGGCAUUAGAAAAAUACAAGAGCUGUAACUGCUGCAAAUACAACUUAGGGAAAUGGUUGUGUAGCAUUUCUGAUAGAAUGCGAUGAUAUAGGACCUGGGCUACUGCAGCGUCAGUGCCCUUUGUGACAUGUACAAUAAAUGAUGUUAAUCAA